CAGCUGGUGAAAACUUGCUACGACCAUCGGAGGCGGACAGAAGAGAGAAUUUAUGCUUGCAAGCAUUUUAGUGUUGGUGUCAGGUCAUCCAUCAUGUCAUCAAAUCUUUUGCCAAACUGGCAGUUUAUUGAUUGCAUGGCGUCAUGGUGAAAUGGACGGAAGAGGAGCGCCGCAUCGUCAGAGGAGUUUGGGAAAAAGUUGAUAUUGAUGAGAUCGGAACAGAGCUUUGGGCAAGAGCUUUGAUUGUUUACCCCUGGAUCGAGCGGUAUUUCGGCUCUUUUGGCGACAUCUUCACCACUACAGCAAUUGUAAACAACCCCAAAUUGGCCGCCCUGGGAAAGGUCGUGCUAUCGGCUCUGGACACAGCCGUGAAGAACAUAGACCACUUCAAAGCGAUGUACGCUUCCCUGAGCAGGCAGCACUACGAGAAAAUCAAAGUGGAUCCGGAUAACUUCAGACUUUUGGCCGAAUGCAUCACAAUUACCAUCGCCUGCAAACUCAGAGCUGAGCUGAACCCUCAGGUCCAGGCCACCUGGCAGAAGUUUCUGUCUGCUGUGGUGGAGGCUAUGAGCAGUCAGUACAAAUAAUAAUAAAAAAGCAGACCCAAUCAAGCAUGGAGAAAUAUUUUCCAUUGAAUAAAUCUCGCUUUUUCAAAAGCUCUUAUGUGCUUGUCAACAUGUGGGAAAACAGAGCAAGUGCUUGAAGAUUUGCAGAAGCUGUGUACCAUGGUAGUGUCGUGUGUGUAAGUUGAAUUUUUACGACCCCUGGAGGCAAUAAAGUAUAUAACAUCACUAUGAAA